CGAGUCCAUAAAGGAUUUGUAAUCUUCAAACGGUAUUCCUCCAAUCAUCGCGGCCAAUCGUGUGGGACAGACUCCCUUCCCUAGCGACGCCGGCCCCGACGCCGCCUCGCUUCUCAGUGUUCUCACACCUCGUGUCCUCGGCCCAAAGCUGAAGUAUGAAAAGGACUUCUUAGAAGUUUCAAAGAGAGCGAAACUCUAUGCAGACUUGUCUGCGUCAUCAUCUCCGCCCCCAAGCACCCUCCUGUCUUAUCUCUGGGCUGCGCCCACACCCCUUUCCAAUGCCCUUCCCUCCAUCGCGAGUCUUGCAUGAUGGCCACCAUCGAGCCAUGGCUCACGAACCUCCUCAACAAACCCCAGAGUCCUGAUCUGCCGCCCCUGCAGCCGUUGGCCUCGAACGCUGCCCCGAGCCACCCGCUAUCUCUUCCCCCGCUCGGAGCGGAACUCGCCGGCAGCCUCAGACCCGACAGGUCCGUGCUGGCUCAAACGGCCUCGCUUCACGCCGCCGCCAGUGGCCGCCUUGCGAAGCCGCUCGCUCGGGCGGACGAUCCAUCCCUUCUGCACACAGCGUCUAUCCGACCGCUUCAGCUCCUUCUCAGCGAGCCCCGGCCAGCUGUCCCCGCGAUCCCCCUACGGACGAUUGUGGAUGACGUUCCCAGGAGUCCCGAAGAUUCCUUGAACAAGAAGCGAUCCAGGGAACUGAGCGCCAAGGAGGACCUUGUGCAGUUGCCAAGGUUGCCCAAGAAGCAGAAGUCGGCUCAGCAGGUGGUCCCUCCGAUCAUUGCUGGCCUCCACGAGCCGCCACCCGACCCGGCAGUCUUUCCGCCGAUCACAUCGGCUUCUUUUCACGACAACGAGACUUUCGGCCUGGCAUCAUGGAAAGAUGUCGGGAGCUGUCCUGAAGACCGGCCCGUCGCGUCCUCCGUUGCCGACCCUGAGUCUAGCAACCCUCAGAAACCGAAGAGGCGGCCUAUGAAGCCAAGAAGGAAAUGGACUGAGGAGGAAACCAAUAACCUUCUGCUGGGCGUGAGCCGCCACGGAGUUGGAAGGUGGACAAAUAUUCUGGAGGAUCCCGACUUCAAGUUCAACGGCCGGACCGCAGGAGAUCUGAAGGAUCGUUUCAGGACUUGCUGCCCCGAGGAACUGCAGUUGACAACGACCGAGGAGCAAACCGGAAACGUGGAAGCGGUUGCGGCAGCGACGCCGGAAGGCAACACGAGACACAAAAAUGGAUUGCAUCUCGAGGAUAUCUUAAUACCACCCGGCGAUGAUGCUGCCGCCAAAGAUGAGGACUCACCAUCCGCACUCCAGGAGACCGAUAGCGCCCCGAGGGGAAGGAGGAGGCGGGUACACCGCAAGAACCUGGAGGACUUGGCGGAGCUGGGGAUCCACGGCCCGUUCGAGAAGUCGCAUCGUCGGAAACGCCGACCUUUCACUAAGCAAGAUGACGAGGCAAUUCUAGACGGCCUUAAGCGCUACGGCCCUUCCUGGACGAGGAUCCAGCGGGACCCUCAAUACAAUCUAUCCGGCCGACAGCCUACCGACUUGCGUGACCGGAUUAGAAACAAGUAUCCCGAUAUCUAUGCAAAGAUUGAAAAGGCUCAUUUCCUUAAAGAGGUCGCUCGGGAAGCUGCCCGCGAGGCUGCACGCCACAAGGCCGAAACCCUCGAACCAUCUGUCGACCUGAACUCGGAAACAUUACGCGGGUCUGCCAUUCUUACGUCAUCCUUGGAGCCUCAACUACAUCGAUCUGGCUCAAAGGAAGAAAUGGUGAGGCGGACAACGACGCCGUCCGCUUACGAGUCGACUGAGACUCUUCCGGCGCUGGCCAAUAUCUUUGACAUGAUCGAGCCUCACGCUGCAUCUCUCUUGGGCAACCCACCAGACAUGGACUUGAGUCACCUGGUGCUCGACGACUCUCAUCCUUUUGGUGAGCGGCGACUUGGCCAUUGCAGGUAGGGCGUAAAGGUCUGCACUCUUGAAGACUUGGCCACUCGAGAUAUAGGUGGUCCAUAUACUUUUUUGAUCGCAGUUUCGGAGGAUAUUGUGUAUUGCUUCUGGAGUUCUGGAGUUGUCGGUUAUCUUCGGGUCUUGCUAGGGUUUUGUUUCUGAGACGUCUUGCGAUACCACAGGCAGUGUCGUCAACAUCGUAAAAGACGCUGUUUGCCAGAGCCACACGCUGGCUUUUGGUUGAAUGAAACAUGGCCGGUUUACAGGUUAGAUAAGGGAGCAAUCUCUAUCUCGGAUGAGAAACACUUCUCGAAUGUUUCACAUCGCUUUUUUGCUGUUGUACAGGGUCUUAUUGUCCGAGUUUUGCUCGGCCGUGCCUACUACGUACUCAGCAGCUCAGACUUGUCAUUCAUAAAUGACUUAUUGGCGGCAACUAGUCUAAAUAAUAAACCACCUUACUAACUGAGAGCCC